GCGGGGAUACGGGGAUACGGCGGGAUACGGCGGGAUACGCGAAUUUUGGAGUAUCCCCGAAAUUCGAAUUAAAAAAAAAGAAAAAACGACUGGGAUACGCUGGGAUACGCGGGGACACGUUAGGGAUACGGCCUGGCCCAAAAACACACCCCCGGCCCAGCCACGACCCAAUAUGUAACCCUAUUUUGCAGGGUCUCCAGCGUGCCAUACGAGCUGCUCCCUGCCUCCCAGCUCGAACAGAAGGAGCCGCCACCUUCUGGAUCGAGGUUUCCACCACCUGGACUCGCCGCCGCCGGCGCCGGCGACUCCUGGAUUCGACGGCGACCACUGGAUCGAGAAGCAGCAGCAGUCUCUCUCUCUCCUCGCCUACUCGACUCCUCGCAGCUGUAGCCUGUAGGUAGCAACUAGCAAGUGGCAUGGCAUCUGGGAGCGCCACAGCUGGUAGCCAAUCGUCCGUGGGUGAGAGUGAAGGCCGUCUUGGUCCUGGUGCUGUAGAUCCAAGGUAUCCUCUGUGGGCUUAUGUGCAGAAGCUUGUACCAGAAGAAGCAAAUGGUGAUGGUGCAGCUGUUGCCUCUGGUAGCCGUGGAGGAAACGCCAAGUUCCGCUGCAAUUUCUGCAAGAAAAUUUACCCAGGCAGCUAUUCAAGAGUGAAGCCUCAUCUUCUUCAGAUAACAAAGAAAGAUGUAGCUACAUGUGACAAAAUACCACAUGCUGCCUUUGAGCAACUUUGCAAGGAAGAUAGAGCAGCUGCUCAACUCCUUCAAAAUGGUCCAACCAGGCAUACAAUUCCUUUACCCCCCUAUGAUGCAUCUGCUCCAACAAGAAAACGAAAGCAAUCAGCUAUUGCAGAGAGUUUUAAUGCUGAAGUCCGGCAACAAGCUGAUGCUCAUAUUGCUAGGAUGUUUUACACUGCAGGGCUUCCAUUCAAUCUUGCAAGGAACCCUGACUUUAGGGCAGCCAUGAGCUUCAUUGCAAACAGCAGCUUGGGUGGGUAUGUGCCUCCAGGAUAUAAUUCAUUGAGGACAACUCUUCUUGAUCAAGAGAAGAAGCAUAUUCAGAGGAGCCUAGAGCCUAUUAAAUCAACAUGGCCUUACAAAGGAGUGACCAUUGCGACGGAUGGGUGGUCUGAUCCUCAAAGGCGGCCCAUUCUAAACUUCAUGGCUGUGACAGAAGGUGGUCCAAUGUUCCUAAAAGCAAUUGACACCGAGGGAGAGAUUAAAACCAAGGAAUACAUCUUUGAGAAGCUAAAGGAAGUGAUCGAGGAAGUUGGAGUUGAGUGUGUGGUUCAAGUGGUGACCGACAAUGCUGCAAACUGCAAAGCUGCUGGGUUGAUGAUUGAAGCAAAGUACAAGAACAUAUUAUGGACUCCUUGCAUAGUGCACACUCUCAAUCUUGCAUUGAAGAACAUAUGUGAUCCGAAGAACAACGAGGGAGACAAUUUCCAUCUUUGGUUCAUCAAAGAGGUGGCUGAGGAAGCUUCUUUCAUCAAGAACUUUGUCAUGACUCAUAGCAUGAGGUUGUCUAUGUUCAAUGAGUUCAGCAAGCUCAAAUUUCUUCAAAUUGCAGAAACUAGAUUCGCAAGUGUCGUGAUCAUGCUCAAGAGGCUUCUAUUGAUCAAGGAUGCACUUGUUCAAAUGGUUGUCCAUCCUAAUUGGGCUGCUUAUAGGGAGGAUGAUACAGCUAAAGCUCAAAGGGUUAAGGAGCUUAUUCUCAAUGAUAUUUGGUGGGACAGAAUUGGAUACGUUGUUUCUUUCACCGAGCCUAUUUAUGCAAUGAUAAGGUUGGCUGACACGGACAAGCCAUGUCUCCAUUUGAUCUAUGAAAUGUGGGAUUCCAUGAUAGAGAAGGAAAGGAGGAAGGUGACGAGUGUAUCUUGUAUGACAUUAUUAAAGAGAUCCUUGUUUCCCGAUGGACCAAGAGCAAUACCCCUUUACAUUGUCUUGCUCACUCACUAAACCCAAGGUACUAUAGUCCAGCUUGGAUUAAUGAAGUCCCUGGCCGUAUCAGCCCCAAUGAUGAC